GAACCACCUGAACUUGCAACUGACUCUGCAAUGAAUAAAAUGGAAAGCCUUGUGGAAAUGUGGUACAUGUAUUACAUUCUGCAGGUUGCCAGUUAGCAUCUUUUCCCGCUCCACUCUCCCUCCCUUCAUAAAUUAAAGAUCAUCAGCAUUAUAAAUUUACUUACAUACAUACAUUAGUGUAUAUUAUAAUGACUUAGUCUUAAAUUAAACUGCUUAAAUGUUUAACUUCAUAAUUUUUACUUUCAUUAAACCUUCUACUGUACUAUGAUGCACUCUCAUUUUGUUUACUCUUAAUGAAAGUUCAAGUCAGGAGUCAAACUUGUUAGAAUUGGUUUGCUUAACGAAAAUUCGCUUAACGAACGGUUUUCUAGGAACAUAACCCAUUCGUUAAGCAGGGGUUGCCUGUAUACAUACAGUAAGUCCUCCUUAUACGGUACUUCGAUAUCGGGCAAAUUCAUAGUUACGGUGUUCGGUAAUUACUACCCUCAAUUCUAUUUACGUUAAGAAAAAUUCACAGAUACGGUAUCCGCUUGUGUUUUGUUUACACUGUACCGUAGCGCCACCACGCUACAUGGCCACCACAACAAUCAGUCUCUUCCCGCGUUUCCCAUUGAACACAAGUGAAAUCUUACAGCACGUUUUUUGUGAAUAUUAUGAGUAAGGGCUAAAAUCCCUACUGUCCCUUAGCCAUGGGAGGGCCAUCAUCUGAUGGAAUAUGUGGUGAGUGAAAGGUAAAUAAAAACAUUUUCUGUUUAUUUCUUUUACGCAGUACUCUACAUUUUUUUUAUAUAACUAUUCUUAUGUCCCAAGUGUACUACGCAGAUGAAACAGGCUUAUUUUGGCGCUCACUACCCAAGAAUACUCAGGCACGGAAGGAUGAAGAAGUUAUGAGGGGGAAGAAGAUGUGUAAGGAGAGAAUUUCGGCGCUUUGUUGUGCUAACACCGACAGUAUGCACCGAUACAAGCUGGUGAUUGUUGGCAAGUCUGCUCGUCCCCAUGCAUUGAAAUUUGAAAGAUCACAUGCACACCUUACCAGUCCACUAUUACCACUCCAGGAAAGCUUGGUUUAAUGUUUCGAUUUUCUAUGACUGGUUUUUUAAGCAUUUUGUACCAGAAGUACGACGGUACCAGAAGGAUGUCUUGAAGUUUCACCCUGACAACGUAAGAGCUCUUCUUCUGCUAGAUAAUGCGCCUGCUCACCCUAGUGCUGACAAGCUUGUAAGUGCUGAUGGCAAAAUACGUGUCUUGUAUUUGCCUGCCAACACCACAUCACUCAUCCAACCAAUGGACCAUGAUGUCAUCAGUGCGGUGAAAAGGAGAUACCAACGACGCUACUUAGAUGAGGUUAUGGUGGUAAUUGAGACUGAGGAAGACAAACAAAACAACACCAGGGGCCUGCGCACACGAGAGAACAUCAAGAGUUACACAAUCAAGUCUCAAUUUUUAACUUUGCUAAUUUGUGGAGACUUGAAAAUUUCUACCCUAGCAAACAGCUGGAAGAAACUUCUACAGAACACUGAACCUGAUUACGACUUUGAGGGAUUUGAAGCCGGCGAUUUCCAACGUGUUCUACAGCGCGCAGACGAAAAAGACGUAACAUUGGAAGAUGUUCAAGAAUGGCUGGAUGAGAAUGAUGCUGAUCCGGGAUACCAAAUACUCUCGGAUGAAGAGAUUGCUGUGGAGGUGACCGGUACCCACGAGAGCAGCAGCAGUGACGACAAACAUGAGAUGCCGGUAACACUGCCAAGACUGUCGGAGAUGAGUUGCUGUAUGGACACUGUGCUACAGUUUGUGGAAUUUACCAAGACCAGAGAUCUGAGUCUUCACUACAGUAACCUAAAAUAAUUUCCUGUCGCUGCUAAGAGUCACCUGCGUCUGGUUACGAGGCUCCACUAUAUAGUAUCUUGACCCGGUGCUUGACCUUCGGCGGGGCGAGGUGGGGCAGGACACGAACGUAAUUAAGGAACAAUAUCAAAGUGGUAAACAGUAAAAAUUAGACACCUUUUUCAAACCAGUAACUCUGCUCACCUCAGGCACCAGGGUUACCAACCAGUCCACCAUCACCACAACCAUCCACCUCAUGUACAGGUACUAACACUCCACCAGCACAGCACUAGCACAGUAGUAUUUCAGGUACAGAUUCAUUGGAGCUGCAAAGCUCCAGUGACUCAGAAUAAAUUUCUGAGGACCCCACUAUAUUAUCCCAGCAGAUCCCAGCAUACCAACAGCACAACGCCUCUUCACCAUCCGUGGUAAGUCUAAUUUUAUGUAUUAAAAAUGUUGAAUUUACUUUAUUAUGUUGUUUAUUUACAGUGUAUAGGUAUUUUACAGUGCCAGAUUGGACGGUGUGCUUGAUUAAAAGUACAGUUCUUUCUCUUUCGUAAUGUUAUUGUUGAUAUCAGUCACUGUUAGCAUACCGUAUACGUAUCUGCCGGAAGCUACGAAAAAUUGGAACUAUCGUACCGGUCAUCCCCUUUUUGUCCGUAAAACCGAGGCAUGAGUGUAUGUUCACAAAACAACAUUUCUAU